CCGCCCGCCCCGCCCGCAGCACGGCGGUGGCGGCGGCGGAGGCAGCGCGGCUCGGAGCGGAGCCCACAGCCGGCCCGGCCGGGCCGCGCCGCCGCCACCACGGGAGUUUUCUGUGCUCAGAGGCGGUUCCUGCACAUCCCCCUAGGAGCUGGUGGGGCCAAGCCUUUCCUGGGGAAACAUGAAUUGAAAGAGGAGCUUCACCAGACCACAGCUGCCAGUACCCUUCACCUGGACCCCAAUGGACUCCAAGGCAGGAUUGCAUUACCAUGGUGAUGAUCUUAACCAGAACUGGGAAUAACAAAGGUGCUGACUCUGUAACAUGUGGGACUGAGCUGCACACUCCAAAGAUGAGUCAAGGAUCUACCCUCUUCUCUUGUGGCGUGAUGGAAAAUGACAGAUGGAGAGAUCUCAGUAGGAAAUGUCCACUUCAGCUCGAGCAGCCAGGCACCAGCAUUUGGGACUGUUUGUCGGACAAGGGCAAAGAGGCCUCACGCUGGCCGCGGGAGACAGCCAGCACCUGCUCCGUCACCAACCUGAUCAAAGACCUCAGCCUCAGCGACCCCCACGGUAACCCCUCCGCCCCCCCCAGCAAGCGCCAGUGCCGCUCGCUCUCCUUUUCGGAUGAAAUGUCAAGCUGUGGGACCUCGUGGAGACCCUCGGGCUCCAAGGUGUGGACCCCGGUGGAGAAACGGCGAUGUUACAGCGGGGGGAGCGUGCAGCGUUACUCCAACGGCUUUGCCACUAUGCAGAGGAGCUCCAGCUUCAGCCUGCCGUCGCGGUCAAACCCGCUCUUCUGUGAGCAUCCCACCUUCAGCAGCCGGCUGGGCUGCCAGCCGCGGAAAUCGGCCCCCGGUGGGCACGGAGGAGGCCGGGUGGACAUGCAGAGGUCGCUCUCCUGCUCGCACGACCGCUUCUCUUCCUCGGAGUACUGCCCGCCCUCCGCCAGCAGCACGCCUGCCUCCACGCCGGAGCUGGGGCGCCGGGCCGGCGGGCUGGCCCGCAGCCGCUCGCAGCCCUGCGUCCUCAACGACAAGAAGGUCGGGGUCAAGCGACGGAGACCCGAGGAGGUUCAGGAGCAACGGCCCUCGCUGGACCUCGCCAAGAUGACCCAGAACCGACAGACUUUCAACAGCCUUACCUGCCUUAGUGCCGCAGACGAGGACAGCUCCCAGCGUCUCCUCGGCCCUCAGCCGUGGACCCCCCGCUCCCCGGAGGUGAUGCCAGGCAGAACACCCGCCUGCACCCCAGUACCGGAGCCGCCACCUUCGCGGGCCGACGAACACCGGACCAGCAGGGAUGACCUCUCCUGUGAGGAGGAGGAGGAAGGUGGUGGGAAGGAGGACAGGGCAGCAUGGCAGAGCAGUGGGACAGGCUCUGAAAGCCUCUUCCAGCUGGAUGGCGAGAUAGAUAUUGAGCAGAUAGAAAAUAACUGAGGGAGUGGUGGGUCCUCUCGCCCUGGGGUCAGGAGGCUGCCAGCAGAGCCGUGGAGGGAUCCCCACUGCCAGCACUGGGUGUGUGGGGUCCUGCCACCGCUCUCCUCCUGCCAGCUGGAGGGGACGGAGCAGCGUUGCCAAAAUUUCAUCAGGUAUUUAGAGCAAUUUGUGUGCGUGCGUGUGUAAACCUGGAGAUUUGUAGUAACUACUGUAGCCAGAGAUCAGCUUGUCAGAGGAAGCUCCCUGCCUGACUGGGGAAAGCCAGCACUGGGGCCACCAAAGCCUCCCAUUCAGCGAGUCGUCGGCUUUCGCUGACAUAGGCUUGGAGCCAGUGGGGCUG